CCGCAACAUCCGCAACAUGGCAACCAAGCACUUGCGGGAUGCAUCAUGACCUGCUGACCUGACAUCACUGGUGAUGUCGCAGAAGCGACGACCCAAUCCGGUGCUGGAUGACUGUCGUGGAAUCAUGAACUUUGGCGAUGAGAGCCUCUAUCUUGUUGUUUUAAAGGACUAUGCAGAAGAGCUGCUUGCAGCGGUGCAUCGCAUUGAAUCUAUGAAUGACAAAGCGAGGCUAAAAGAUGAGGUGGCCCUGCUGCGUGGCUCCGCCUCGUACAUGGGCGCCGAGCGGCUGAAAAUGGCUGCGGCUGCUCUGUUGCUGGCCUUGGAGUCCUGUCAAGGAAACGAGACUGCGCUGCGAGCCACCCUUUGUGAGCAGGCUCGAGCUGUUUGCGUGGAGGCCCGAACCCUGGCCGCGGGCCGCAGUGCCUCCGGAACCGGCGCCGAGGUGGCGGCGGAGCUGGUGCCGGUGCUGGAGGGAGCAGGCGAGAAGCCGCCCAGGAAGUGCACUGGUUGCCUCUUGCAAUGAGGCACGCUAGAGCCCCAUUGCACAGCGGGCAGCGAAAAAAGUCCAAGGGAAAAUGGCAAUGGAGUAAUAGUGAAUAGUUA